CAUUUUUCCCCAACUCCUUCCUUCUUUUAAACUCUCAGACAUAGUGAAAGUGAAACAGUAUCAUAGUCUCUCCCGGUGAACAAGGAGGUGAAGGUGCUGGAGGUGUUGGGCAGGUGCGGACAGGCCUUUUUGUCCACUUUUUACAGCCCUUUUCAGACGGAAAAGGAGGACGAAGAGCAGCGCCAUUCUCAGAGGGAGCCCCUCAACCAGCAUGUGCGUGAGGAAUGAUGUCCCAGUCAGCUGAUGUGGGUGAACUGGCCUGGUCCUCUGCCCUGCAGAGCUGCCCACCUGCCACUGCAUCUCCCCUGGAUUUCCUGUAGCAGGGAGCUGCUCUCAGUUUCAUUCCUGUGCCAUUCCUGUGGAUCAUUCCUGUGCCAUCCCAGCUCGCCGUGGAUGGGAUCAGUUUGUGAUUACCAUCAACCUGUUUGGUAAACCUCUCGUUGAAAGACAAGAAAAAUAGAAAUAUGGAGUUAGACCCAAGGACUGUGACCUCAGAACCAGCCUCUCCGACGAGCAGUGCCGGGGAGGAAAAGAUGGAGAUUACUUCUGAACUGAGCAGCCCAACUUCGCACAGCAGGGACAGUGGGUUCUUUGGAAGUAUUAGAAGGUUAAGCACCUGGAAAUCGAAACAAAGUCCGAACAAAGAGAGUGGAAAGGAAGAUACUGGCACUUGGAAAGGAAAAGGACUUUUGCGAUCAUUUAGGAGCUAUGAGAAGAACAAAACCACGAUAUGCGAUGGUGUAGAGAAGAUUGGUGAAAAUAAAGAAGCAGAGCCCAUUCAAGGAAAACCUCUUUCAGUAAUGGAAAUCAAUGAACUUAUUCAGAAAAGACAACUCCUGGAAGCAUUUGCAAGUAUCAAGUUAUUGGAAGAUGAGACUAUCUCUGAACGGAAUGCUGAGAAAUACAAAGAUAACCCACAGGAGCUUUUACGGAAAUCCAAGGAUGUGAAUUUCCUUUAUAACUCCAUCGCAAAUGCUAUCCAGUCCAUAGUGGAGGAAACGCUGGAAGCUUCCACUGUAGAGGAAACCAUGCUGACCUCCAUCGUGACUUUAAUUGCCCAUGAAGAAGCAGCUCAUCCCAACACAGACAAAGCUGUUCAUCCUGGGUCAGACUUGCUUGGCAGGCCCAGAAAGUGGAGGGAGAUGUGGAGGGAAGCAAUCAACGAGAGUGCUAAGAAAAGAGUUCUGAAGGCACCCAUGGCAUCAAAGGAAGAAGAUAGUUCUUGGCUUGAUCUCCACUUAAAUUUCCUCCAGAAACUCCUGAGAGAAGAUUUACUGAAAAUCAAGUUAUCAGUAAAAAAGUGCUAUCCCGAGGAGUACCAGGUGUGUGACACAUAUGUGGAGGCUUUUCAUAAGGCCAUUGCCUCACAUUUGCAACACCUCUGCCAGAGACUGCUGGAUUUCAAUGAGCUCUACACCUUGCUCAACUGGGUGGCCAACACCUACCACAGUGAACUCUUUCUAGGUCACCCUGAUCUCAAACCAGAGGUUAAGACAGAAAACCUGUCCCUGCUGUUAACACCAGCUGACUGGGAUAAACUGAAAAACAACUACAUUGCUUCUGCAAAGGAGAAAAUCAAAAGUUAUUUUGGAAACAUCCUGAGACUAGAGGUCACAGAGAAGUGGGAGAAGGAAGUUCAUUCAGAAGUGGAGGAAAACCUCUACCACGCCUUGCUCUCCUUUGAUAUUCAAACGAUCAUCGGGGAGCACAUGAAGUUAUCUGGAGCUAUCAGCAGAAGCCUGGAAACAAAAAUGCUUGAGCUGUGCAUGACAGAGCUGCUUGAAUUUAUACCAAGGUUUGAGAAGGAGUUUGAGAAGGCUUGGAGCACUGCCCAGGACAGCCCCAUCUUUGCACCCUAUGUUGUUGCCUACAUCAACAGCUUCCACGACCUAAUGUCAGGGUUAGAAACAGAGUUUGAAGUCGACACUGAGGAACUGCAGAAGAUUUUGGCAGCUCUGACAAGGAACUUCACGAAUAUUUUUCUAACGAAAUUAAAAACAAAAACACAGCCAUUCCUUAAGAAAAUCCUGACCAAGGACUGGAUUUUGGAUACAGGAAGGCCGGACUCACUGGCGUCAGCAGUCUCGCAGUUCUCUGAGCACCUGCAGCACAUGAGGAGGCCCACGGGUCAGGAGCUUCUACGUGAAGUUCAUAGAUAUGUGGUAAAGGAAUAUAUCACACAGGUCAUCAAACACAGAUGGAGAAUGAACAGGGAGACACGGCAAGAAGUGAGCAAAAAGAUGGACCUGGAAGCCAGAAUCUUUCAUAAUACUCUCAUUGAUCAGGGCUCUGACUCCGACUGGCUUGUUCCCGCCAUACAUCACAUUGCCAAGAUCAUUAAAGAGAAGAAAAAGGACAAGAUCAAGGUGUAUGUCAAGAAGCUGUGUCAGAAUUAUCCAGAUAUCAGGAAGGACCACAUCCUGGCCAUCCUCGCGCGCCGGGGGCUGGGGCGCACCAGGAGAGCGGCAAUUCUUCGUCAAGUCUGCCAUGUGCUGGAAAGCUCCAGUGGAGGAGAGGGCAACACACUCUUCGCUGAAAUUGACGUUCCGGUGGUCAUAUGCUGCUUCUAAAACAGAACCAGAACAGCAGUCAGCAUCCUCCCGCCUCCUACGCUGCCUCUACACAUGAUCCAAAAUCUGCUACCCUCCCUUGCUCCUCUGCAAACCCAAAUAUUUGAUUGCCACGGAGAAAGAAGCAGUUUUCUGAACUUGCUACCCUGAGUUCAGAACCCAAAGGCAACAGAGGCACUGAGACACCAACCUCCUGCAAGAGCCCCUGGGAAGCAGCUCCAGUUCAGACACCGUGUCUACCUCACGUUCCAUACAGAUUCUAUUGCUGGGAGGCUGCUCUGUUGUUUGGUCCAAAAUUAAAUUUCUCCUCAGAGAAAACCAAAAGCAGUUCUCUCAGAGCUAUAUUAAGGCUCGGACGGUGCUUUGCAUAAUUAUACAGCAGCAGAGCAAGAGCCUCCUUUGUAAUUAGUACCCAUGAGCAAUCAAGGGGCAGAGCUUGGGCAGGGAUGUGGUAGCACCCAAGUCUUAUUUCCUCCACUGUGAACCAGCUGGCCAAGCUGGUAUGAUGCAAGGCUGUGACAUUGUGACCUGAUGCCAGAAACCACUACCUGCCUGAGGAGGAAAACUUUGGGUAAGCAAACCCCACAGGUGGGACAUGUAGCACAUGGACUACUCUGCCCUCCAGGAUGGCCCUGGUGGCCCUUCAGGCAUUUCAGCAGAUUUUCCUCACUCAUGGGCUGCCUUGGGAAACUCCUGUUGGACCGAAGAUCUGUUCAUGCCAUCAUAGCCUCUUUGUGUGGACAGGCAUGUCUGGAUCGGAUGUGCCAUGUGGAGUGAAGCUCCAAGUUCUCCUUGACCUGAGGAAAAGGGUCAUCAUGCCUCUAGUCCAUUUUCUUGUAUGUUUAAACAUAUUUUAACAAAUCUGGUACAAUCUGACUGCAGUAUGAAACCAAAUGUGAGGUGGACAGACAUAGUGCUACAGAUCUGAUCCUCAUCUGGUGUAAGCCAGCAUCACCCACUGAUGGGCAUGGAACACCAUUGGUUUAACACCAUGAGUGAUCCAAAGCAUCACAUCCAGCAUCUGCAGGGGAGACUAAAAGAGAUAUCCAGCAGCCUAGAGAUGUACAAAUCUGAUUUUAUUUAAUUCAAUUUAUCCUUAGGUUGCCCUCCACAGCAAUAAAUCUGAGACUUUACAGAGAUGUAUUUAUGAUCUAUCAAUUAAUCUGAUAAAUGUGGACAUGGCAUAGCCUUGAACACUAAUUUGUCUACAGCACCAGCAAUGAGACUUUCAUUUCCUUUGCUUCGGGUUGCACCAGUAUAAAUUUCAGCCUGGGUGAGCAGCAGGCACUGGUGACAGGCCAAGGGAGCUGUUCUGAUGGACGAGAAAUAAAGAGUGCAGCUUUAAUUCACAAUCAUCCUAUGAGAAUUUUUCUAAGACAAACCUGCUACCUCCACAGUAAAGAUAAGGUGUUUUCUAAAGAUGGCUUUGAAAUAUCAGGUACAAAUUGACAGCUUAAGACAGAAAAUCCUGGAAGGAAUUUUCUGUCCUGCAUCUUUCUUCAAUACAGCUCAUGACAAUUCCUGCAAAUUCUCAGCUUGGUGACUCUCUGUAUUUGCUAUGGAGAAGGAGAAGUAAAAUAUCAUAUGCAUCUCCCAUUGGAUGUGCAGAGCUCAGGAACACUUUGGAGCUCCCCUUUCCUGUCCUGGGGUCAUGGUGAAUCAGGGAGCAUUGGAUUACACCCCUCAUGGAUCUGUGAGCUACAUCCCCCAUCCCAGCAGAGGGGAAGGACACUGGUGCUGAGAGAUUAACAUUUAUUGUUAAAAGCAUUGACUAAAUGGCAGAAACAAAAAGAUUUCUACUUUUACAUACUCAGUCAGAAACUUCUAAGAACUUCAGUGGAGUGCUGGAUUUGAAGCACUAAAGCCUCAGUGGGAAUUUUUGUGCAUUAGAAAUUUCCCUCUGUCCUGUAUGCAUCUCUCAUCCAAGCGCCUAACACAGGGCAUCUGUGGCACAGACAUUUUCCCAAGUGUAUUAUUUAAAUGUAUACUGGGUUUUCAAUCUUAUUAUUUGACUGGCAAAUGCUUCACAAAGCCUUUCCUCAGCCUCCAGAUGCCUGGCCCUGGGAUUAGAUAUGGAGCUCAGCUUCCGUUUUCUAAUAAAAACAAGUUGCUACCCUGGAGUCAUGGAGGAAAGCUGGGCACAAUGGCCUGCCUUUCGUCACAGCCUCUCCUGGGACACUCAGAUCCUGCAGCCUGGCAUUCUGUAAGCCAGUAACAGGCACAGAGCUGACUUCCUCCAGGCUGCUGCUCUCCAGCUGCCUGCUCUUGAGCAAACCAGUUUAACUCCAUUAUGACGAGACUAUGGUUCAGUCCCUGUCCUGCCCCAACAGCUGUCCAAGUGGAGAGGGAGAUCCAGGAUGGGUGAGAAGCAAGGGUCUCCCUGGGCAGGGGGAUGCUUGGUCUGGGCUGCAGAGCAGACCCUAGAGCCAGUUAAACAAGGAGAGAAGAAGGACUGUGUGCUUUCCAAAAUGAGCUGCUGCUGUCCAGCUGUCUUCUGUAAAACAUCCAGUGUUCAUUACGCCACAUCUCACAUUCCAAAAACAAGAGAAGAAAGGCCUCUCAGGGCUUUUAAAUGUGAAAUAUGUUGCUCUUGUAGGAAAGUGCCAAGGAGCUCAAUUAUUAUCACCCUGUUACCUCCUCCUACUUGUUGUUUCUCAGCGAAGAAAAACACCAUCAUACCCAUUCCUACCCCAGCACACAGUUACAUUCCCUCCAGGACACAGAGCUUACUUUUAUCCCCAAAGACCCAAGCUACAUUAUGCAGAUGCAUCCUCUGGUGAAUCAAGCUGUCUCAAAAGUAUCCAACUAAAUGGAAGAACCAAACUCUCUCCAGACUUAGCUUCUUAGGGGUGAACAAUGCAUUUGGGGGGGCGGGGGAGGGAUGUGCAGAUUUGGCACAGCCGACAGUAUUGUGUGGGUGGUGAAAGACAUUUUUUUUUGUUUCAGAGGUCUCUGCUGUUUCACAAUACUGUUUGUUUCUGGUUUGGGGUGAAAAGCAAGGGAACAGUGCCUGCAGUCAGGGUACAUGGGCUGACAUUUACCAUCUGAGACCAGCCUUUGGGUACCAUCAUUUCAUCAGUUUUGCUCUGUGAAGUUCCCUUUCCUGGAAGGAAGAUAUGCAAAACAAGCUCACACAAAGCAAGAAAGGAGGAGUACCAAAACAUUGCAGUGAAUGCCCAGGAGGCUGUCCCUGAGCUGAGGCUCCUAAUCAAUCAGUCAAAAUACUCCUGAAAAAAGUCUUUUAGUGCAGCACCACUAUAAUGUUUAGCUCCCUGUCAUGGUAUCUUUCAGAAAUGAACCCUCAAUUGGGUGAAAAUAUUAAAGAUGAUCAGUGAGAAGCAGAUUGCAAUAUUCCGUCCACUUUAUGAGCUGGGCAAUGUGGCCUGACACUGCCCAGCACACACAGCUGGCAUGAAAAGAGGUGCCAGAGCGUUAUUAUCUCAGGGAUGGCUGAAAAGUAAAGUUGUAUUAGUUUUAGGUUUAGCGACUUUGGUGAUUAUAUAUCACACUUCUCCAAAGUACUGAUGUUUAGCAAACACUUGUCUUCUGUAUUUUGCAUCUUUCUCCAUGAAAUCUUGUUGUGGUUGGAUUUACUGCCCCAAAGCCAGUCGUUUUCACUCUCUUGGUACUGGGCAGAUACAGGAGUGCUCUGCUCAGUAUCAUCCUCUGUUUCCAUCCCUUCAGGACAAUUUUGUAUAAUACUGCUAAUGAUGACGUGACAUUAGCACUGGGACUGGUCCACCUCUCCCAUAAAACCUGUGCAAGAGAUCAGUCAGGCUGACAGAGCAUUGAUUUAAACUAUUUACUAUCACUGUUACAAUAAAAAAACGGUACUGGGAAAAGGUUAAGACUGAUGUACAUUAUUGUGUGGCAAAAGUGGAUUAAGAUAACCUUUACAAAACUACAAGAAUUUUCUCUAGUCCCACAGCCACAUAACUGUCUACUGCCUGAGGAUACUGAGCACAUAAACUUUGUCUUCCUGCCUUCAUCCCUGUCACACAGAGCACUGCAAAUAGCCUCUAAUACUCUUUCAAUGUAGCACUCUCCAUUUAUAUUUGUAAAUUCAUACCAAGUCAUUCAAAUAUGUUAUCCAGAAAAGAAGUAACAUGUAAGGCAGAGAAACCUCUGAAAAAAAGGCUGUUGUAGUAUUUUUGCCAUCUUGAUACUACUUGAGAGUCUUGAAAUGUCAGUGUAGGGCUUUCUCUGCUAGCUGCACAGGGGUUGUACCUCUUGCUAAAUGAGGCAGGAAAAGUGAAUGGCAGGUUAAAGAUGUGCACCUAAGUCCCAAGAUGUCUGACCAGGCAUGGUUUAUGUUUGGCCAGGCAUGAAAUUGUGCCUGGCAGCAUGAGCAGCCUGAGCUCCAUAAUGAGUGUGGGACUGGGGAGAUGCCAUGGCUUCAUUAGGAGAUGCAGGAUUACGCCUUGGUUCCCAGGACUGUGGGGAGACUGGCAUCAGGCAAGACAGAACUGUUUUUUUGUGAAAAGUGUUACACAAGUGCAGAAAAAGCAAACCAAGCCAGAAGGCAGAAAGAGGUGGUUACACAGCUUGCCAAGCCAUCCCCCAGCUGCACUCAGUCCCUGGGAAGGGGAUGGUGAAUGACAGCUGGGAGAAAAACGCUGAGAAUCAGAAGGCGGCCCAGAAAACUGGAAUUAUUUCACAAACUGCAUCCACAAAGAAAGCUUUGCUUAACAUUGGUCAGUGCAGAGCAGUGGCCUUCAACGUUUUGCUGCCUAUGGACUAAGGUAUUAUUUCCAGCGAAGGCACAGAGCACCGUUGUGAUAAUUGUCUUCCAGUCAGAUAAAAAAUUACUGCAAAAGGGAAGGAAUAUUCUCCUCACCAUUUUCUGUGGGGGUCAGGAAUAGAGAAACAAGCUUCUACUUCAGUAAGUAGAGGCAAGUUAGAUGCAGCAAAACUACCAGUAGUGCUGACGGGGCUGGAGCACUGAGCACAGUGUGUCGUCCCUACCAUUGGUGGCUUUUACAGAAUCACAGAAUUGCAGAAUGUUCGGGGUUGGAAGGGAUGCCAAAGAUCAGCUAGGUCCAGCCUGCCUCCCAUGAACAGGGACACCUUCCACUAGACCAGGUUGCCCAGAUCCAACAGCGCUUCCUGGUGAAGCUCGUCAUGGGUAAUUCCAGAACUGAAAUUAAGGAAAAGCAAAGUAAUCACGAAAGUCCAUUAUCCUGAGCAAGGCACAAAAUGCUGGGGAUCAUUUCCUGAGUGAGGGAGCUCACAACUUUACAAUACUUUUUCCAAAACUCAGGGGAAAAAAUAUUUCCUGAAAGAACUGUGCUAUGAACAGAAGCUCAUUGAGUAGAUAAGAGGCAAUCAUGGAAUUAGUCAUCAGGGAUUCAUUAGAAGGAGCAAGGCCGAAAAUCUGGUGGCUUUUGUCUCUAAAAGCACGUCAUGCACUCAUGGACCGUCAUCUUCCCCUCACAGCCCGCGCUACAGUUCAAGAAUGCAUUACUCAUGCUUUUGUCUUGAGAGCCCUUUAAACAAACGGGUCUUGAGCCUUCAAGGCACCAGCGAAAGCACAUGGUACCUCUUUCCUCAGUGAUCUCAAGGCUGAAUCCACCCUGUGCCUCUUCUUGCUAAGCAGCUGUUAGUCACCCUCUGAAACAAAGACCAUUCCCCAGGACCACAUAUGUGCUGUCUUCAAGAAGAAGUGUGGAAAGAAAUAAGAGCCCAAAGGGCCAGGCUGGAUUUGCACGUGGUAAGAAGCUCUCCCAGCAAGCUCAGGAGGAGCUGUUAUUUCUGUUAUUCGGAAGCACCAUUGCCUGAGGCUGCCAAAGCAUGGAUGAUACACCAUGUUGGCUCAGGAGACCUUCUGGAUGUGAACUGUGUCCUUGUGGCACAAGGAGAGAGGCAAAGGGAAGACAGUGGAGUGCAGAGAGGGGAAGGACUGAGAAACAGUUUAUGCUGCUCAUUCCAUGCAUCUCCUGCCCCUGCCUCAGCCUGUAGCCCAGCCCUACACCUGCCUCUGCCACCAGGAGAUGACAGCUCCAGGAAGAGGCACCUACACAGCCCUGGUCCUAGACAUCCCCAAUGUCUCAAGAGCUUAUGUGCAGCCUUGUGACAUCCCAUGUGAAAUGCCUCUCUUCAACUCUGUUUUAUCUGAAAAAACAGCCCUUUUUUCCCCUUUCUUGUUAACCAUAUAACUUUAUUCGCUACCGAACAGCACAAAGCCAAAUUCAGCCCCGGCAUAAGGAAAAAAAAAAAUCCAUGGGAUUCCACCUGAUUAUUCUGUGCAAGGAAAAAAGCCACCCUUGAAAGGAUCCUGAAUUUGCAGCACUGGCCAGAACCUCAGAGGGGCUGUGGAACCCUCCCAGGCUGGGUGUGCCCUUGGCACAGCAGCAGUUGGUGUUGCAGUGAAGGCUGUGGUACAACAUGGCAAGAGCCCCUGCCAGGACCCCCGUAGGGGAGUCCCACCUGUGGCAUUUCAGCACUGCCUGGGGGAGGGGGCUGAACCUGAACACACCAUUUCCUCUGGUUUUGGCCCCGACACUUGGGUCUGGGAUAGUGUCUGGGAUUUCUCGCUUCCCUCAAAAUACCUUUUGCAAGUGAUUAAAUACUGAAACAGCUCAAGGUUAUGUCUGCUGAGUGAAUUAAUAAAAAACAACAACAAAAAAGGAUUUGUUUGGUUUGCAACAGGGCAGGAAUACUUGAAUGGAUGCCUACUUUUGUUUUAUUAAACAUCCAAAGCAGGAGAAAAUUUUGAGUUAACCAAACUGCCUACAGACAGGCAGCAAAAGUCACAGCAGUAUUGUUCUGUUUCCCAGAGUUAUUCACAAUCUGUUACAAACAACAACUGCUAUGUCUCCACAAUCAUUUAACCUUCAGCCUUGGUGUGUGGAUUUAAAUGCCAUUGUUUUAGUCACAAGAAGAAAAACUAAUUGCAUUGUUGCUGUUACAGCUGUAUUUCUGGGAAAAUGCUUGCAAUGGGGUGUAUCAACCAGAAUCCUCAAGUGAAUAUUAU